GUGAGGAAAGUUUAAUUCUUCUAGAUGGAAGACAUGAAUUUCCGUUCAGCUUUCAACUCCCUCAAGAACCUCUGGUGACCUCUUUUACUGGGAAAUACGGCAGUAUUCAGUACUAUGUGAAAGCAAUUCUGGAGAGGCCUGCAGCACCUGAUCAAAGUGUACAGACAGAGCUUCAGGUCAUUAGCCAUAUCGACGUCAGCUCACCAGCUUUAUUGACACCUGUUCUAAGAAGUCAGGAGAAGAUGGUUGGCUGUUGGUUUUUCACCUCUGGGCCAGUAUCUCUCAGUGCCAAAAUUGAGAGGAAAGGAUACUGUAAUGGGGAAGCCAUACCAAUCUAUGCAGAAAUUGAGAACUGUUCUUCUCGUUUGAUUGUUCCAAAAGCUGCCAUUUUCCAAACACAAACUUACCUGGCCAGUGGGAAGACAAAAACUUUCCGUCAGAUGGUUGCCAAUGUCCGAGGAAACCAUAUUGCCUCUGGGAGUACAGAUACCUGGAAUGGGAAAACUCUGAAAAUCCCACCUGUGUCCCCCUCUAUACUUGACUGCUGUAUUAUUAGAGUAGAAUAUUCAUUAGCUGUGUAUAUCCAUAUUCCUGGUGCUAAGAAAUUGAUGAUUGAAAUGCCUCUGGUGAUUGGCACCAUUCCAUGUAUUGGAUUUUCAAGCAGAAACUCCAGCAUUACCAGCCAGUUUAGUAUGGAUAUGAGUUGGCUGGCAUUGACCAUGCCAGAACACCCUGAAGCACCACCAAAUUAUGCUGAUGUAGUGUCUGAGGAAGAGUUCUCCAGACAUGUUCCUGCUUAUCCACCACCAAUUGACUGUGAGGAACAAUUGUGUUGUCCUGUCUUUGCUUACAUACAAGAGUUCCGGUUUCAGCCUCCACCUCUUUAUUCAGAGAUCGAUCCACAUCCAACCGAUGUAGAAGAAAUUCAGCCUGUUUCAUUCAUGCUCUGAAGAGGAUUUAUAAUGAGCAUCAUUGUGAUGAAUGUCUUAAUCUUUCUGCUGCUUAAGCUGAUAGUGCAGCUAAAAAGGAAACAGUUUUCUUUUUCAAAACUUGUUUGUGUACACAAAAGGCAAAGGAAAAUGGAGAGGGAGGUACGAGCAUGUUUGGUGAUGGAAGAGAAUCUGCUGGAUUAGUCUGCACAGAGGAUACUGUGGGAGCAGCUGUGCUUAGGAUACUUGAGAAGUACCUGAAAAUACCGAAUGCUUUCUAAAA